GGAUUAAAGAUUAAAAUAGUGUAUUAGGCGAGAGAGGCGCAGGUGUAUUGUUAGAAUGGUUGGACAAGUCAAGUCGCACAAUGAAAGUGGCGAAUCCGCGAAACGCGAUCCGCGGCGGUCGCGUUGUUGUCACUUUUAUCUUUGUCCACAAUAGGGAAACGAUUUUUUUUCUGUUCCACCGCGGUUAGCAAACAUAGGUGCACACGAAGAAGCAUUCCGAUCGGCAACUAUGCAUUUGGCCGAGCUGCAUCUGAUCUAACGCCAUCAUACUCUUCGUCUCCGUCAUUCAUCAUCUUCAAAGUUAUUAGAUCAUCAUCAGCAACGGAUGAGUACGAGCCCUUCUGACGCGGCAGGAGGAAGGCUUCGAGUAAUUGGAUUCGAGGGUGGAUUAUGUGCUGUCUCUGUAUGCUCUGCACACGUUCGCGAACUCUUUCAGCGCCGCGCCCGCCCCCUCCUCAUCAUUAUUAGCUAAUAACAUUAUAAUUGCCGAAUUGCGCAAUUGGUGCGCUGACAAGAGUGUGUAUUGUAGGUGGGGAAUCCCCCACCCGACCGUGUAGUCGAAUUGUAGUAGCGAUUGUUUUGUUGUUGUGUGCAUUUCGAAAAGUUCCCAAGUUGUAAAUUUGUAUUAUUAUCAUCAUCAUCAACAUCGUAGCAGUCAUACAUACUUACACACUCGCAUGUAUACACAGAUACACACAUACCGACGCACUUACACAAACCUAGAGCAGACAGAGCAGUUAGAAAUUGCGUUUGGUAAAUGUGCGCUAUCAAAAUAAAAGGAAGGGAUAUACAGCUAUACCAUUUAUGCAGCUUAUAUAAUGUUUAUUUCCCAAGAGUGGCAGGUAGAAAGAACAUAACGGAGAGGUGUAGUUUCGUGCGUGAUCUGCCAAAUUAAAGGCCGUUUCCUGUGAGAUCGCGUAACCUAAAAUUCUAAUCGCUCAUCCGAGGAAAACAACAUUGCCAAAAGGGACUUUGAAUAGAAGGAUCAUACCAACAUACAUACACGCACGCACACACAUAGUGAGAGGGAAGGCUGACGGAAGUGUCAGCAGUACUGCAAAUUAAAUGGGGGUGAACACUGAUCUGGAAGACCUGGCAACCAACACAGAGUACUCGGCUACAAAAUGCAGGAUCACCAAGCCACCACCCCCAAAGCCUGCUGCAAAUCCCAUGCAGUUUGUGAAGGUGGGUCCGUGCCCCCUGUUCAAAAAAGCUGCAGAGCAGAUCAAAAAAGUGGAGGAGGUCAAGCAAGCCAGACAAGAGGUGCGAGAAGAGGCCGAAGACUGGCAGCAUAACCUUGACAAUUGGAAAAGUAGCCGCAGGAAACGGCAGGAGCAUAUCAUCGAGAGGGUGGAAGAGGUAAAGAAGUUGGAGCAGCAGGAGCACGAUCGCAGCCGCAGGAAAAGCACCACCUUUCACGAGAUCGUGGAGAAGAGGAGCCGCGGAAGACCAAAAUUGAACUACCCUUUGUACGAGGAUGAUUCGAACGACUUGAGCGAUUACGGGAUAGGCAGCAGCAGUUCGAAGACAAAUAGUAUUAAAGAUGUGGACACAGAUGACAAUAGCAGCGUGCUGGACGAUAAUCCCGGGGAUUCGGCUUGCAAAUAUCAUUCGAGUGCGUCAAACCAAAGUCAGAGCGAGGAUGAGCAGAAGGAGCCGGCAGCUACCAAAAACCCAUUACCAAAUAGCGAGUUCAAGGUGGAACUCCCGAAACCAGAAAUGGAGCAAUAUACGUAUGAGGGGGCGAUUCAGGACUACAGGUCUAGGAUCCGCACGAAGAUCAAUAUGAACAAUGAUGCCAUCUUUGCCAAACCCUUGGACGCGAGUAGGAGCAAGGAGUUCUCUGAAGCGCAGCAGCUGUUGCCCAAAGGAAACUUAUUCAAGAAGCGAGAGCUCUUCGACAAGGGAUCAGUGGAGAUGAGUAGCUUCGAAUCGAACGCGGCGAGGAGGAUCUCCGAAGACUUUGCAAAUUCGCAAAGCAUCAAGGAACGAUUACAGAGCCUGGAGAAGUGCGUCGAUCAGCCUGCGAAGGCCGAGAAGGACGCACCACCAGUGCCGGUGAAGUCCAGGGUCCAGAGUUUCAUAAAACCGACAGCAGCUAAGACAGAAACCGAUAAUUACCUAUUGGAUGUUGCCAAUUGCAAUGCUACUAACAAACCGUUCGAAAGCAACAGCAACACCGAAGACGAUAUGUUUAUAGACAAACUAAAUAUGUUCAACAAAGACCUGGAUGAUUUCAUUAGUUAUCCUCCGUCGGCGUCGUUUACUGACUUGAUGACAAUGUCUUCAGACCGUGAAGACAGUGGUAUUCAUACUUCAGAUAUUUCCUGCUCUAUAAGUCAAUCGGACGAAGCUUUCGAAGACACCGAUGUCUCGCUGAACACUAUACCCAAGUGCAUUGAAAAACUGAGUAUAGAAAAUGUUUAUGAGAAAGAAAUGCUGUCGCCGCAGAAAGAGGCUGUUCAACCCAUAGAGGAACCUCCAGCAGCUGAAAGUCCGAUUGUAACCGAAGAGAAAGUAAUCCAUUGUCCUCUAGUUGAAAAUAUAGAAAAGAACAUGCAGGAACAAGACAAACUAUGCGAGCAAGUGGAAGAGAAAGGGAACGUCAUCUACGAGAACGUCGAUGUGCCCAACUAUAAUUAUCCCUUGUACAUAGAUGACAUUUUCGAAAAAACUAUUAACCCUCCGAAAAUGCAACCACCGUCGGAGAAGCCGCCGCCACCACCAAUUUCUGAUGUGAUCCCCGACAAUGUCGUCACCAGACCUAAAUCUAUCAAGAAGGAGAUAUCCAUAAAGAGAUCCAGCUUUUUGGGAUUGGAAGAGCCUGAGUUCACUGAUGAUGAUAUUACUUUUACAAAACCACCCGAUAUAAACACGUUCUUGCAGAACGAGUCUCGUAUGGAAAAGAGUUUGUACAAGAAAAUGCAAGGUAGCAUGGGUUCACUCAAUACUACCGAUGAUGCCGAUUUAAAAAGAGAAUCAUGGAUUAGCAAUAAUUCAUUUAGACAAACUAUAGACCAACCCGAAGAAGACGAAAUCACAAAGAAAGAGAGAGAAAUUAUUGAACUGGUCGAAAAAGAGGAGAAGUCUCGAGAUAAUGAGUACAGCCCAACAAAAAGUAACUACAACGUGUUGCAAGAACAUCCGCACGAACACUUGGGCAGUAAGAAAUUUGAUAUUCCUUAUUUUCCAGAAACACAAUUCAAGAUUGAUGGUCAGGAUUCCGAAGUGCUGAAGGUUGAGCACGAGUUGCUGCAGCUGGAGCGAGAAGAAUUGGAGAGACAGCGAGAGAACAUGGCUUUCAGAAAGAAGCUUAUGCAGAACCACCACUCCUAUGAAAAUAUUUUUGAUGUUAACUACAGCGAUUCCAUGGAACACAGACAAUCUAUGCCUGAAUUACAGUUGGAAUUCAGGAAGGCCCCGCAUGUGAAACAUAUCGAUUAUCGCAAAUCCAUGCCCGAUAUCCAACACUCGUUUAAUAGGUCUUUGGUGGAUUACUCCAAUCCACCAAGUAGGAGCGGUCUGAAGAAACUCGCAGAUCAUAGGAAAUCUAUGUCCGAUUUGCACCCGGAUAAAUCUUCCUUUCAAACUACGGCAUCUCAUCCUCCGAAAAUGCCCACCAAAUUUUUUAACCCACUUACCAAAGAUAAAAAAGAUAGAUUAAUGCAUGUUGAAAGUGAUGCAUUUUUCGAUAAGACACGACCUUAUAGUAAGCCAACGUUGCAUGCUUUAAGUGCACCACCCAAACAAAGAAGCAUAUCCAAUGAUAAUUGGAUCCAACCAAAAAGCAACCCAGAAGCAAAAAGCUACAAUCAGCACUGGCUAUUCCAGGAAGCAGAAUUAAGGAGAAUUUCUGAGCAAAAAUCAACUUCCAGCUCCCACGAGAAACAAAAGGCACAUAAUAAAGGAUUCAUUGACUGCAAUCCAGCAAUAAGAAUGCCUGAUCUUCAAAAGGAAUACAACCAGCAUAAGUAUUUGGGCCAUCCGCAGACUGCGUUGUCUAUGCCUUACUCAACUCCAGCGCCCGGUGUCGAUGAAGGCCAGGAUGUUAUGUUGAGUGUCAGUGGUAAAAAGAAAUGCUCUUAUUGUGGUAUUGAGUUAGGACGAGGUGCAGCAAUGAUUAUAGAAAGCCUUUGUCUGUUCUAUCACAUGGAAUGUUUCAAGUGCUGCGUAUGCCAUAUGCAAUUGGGGGAUGGUCUUAUGGGCACCGAUGUCAGAGUAAGAAAUCAAAAGUUGCAUUGCCAUAACUGCUACUCGAGCGAUGAUGGCAUCAAGUUCAGCUGUGUAUAGAAGGAUCAAACGCUGUAUAUAAAUGCUGUAUUUAUAUGUACAGACUUCAUUUCAUUUUCUUAUAAGUCUCACCUAGAGACUACAACUUACAUACUCUUUAGGCCACUUACCCUUUUUGAAAUUUGACUGACUUUUCUACAACUUGCGCUUUACUCUUUAUUACUAUAUUUUAUUUUAUUAUUUUUUUGAAUAAAUCUGUGAUUGUGUAAUCAUAGUAAUGUAGUUGGAUUGAUAGGCGAGUAGUGGAUCUACUAUUGUUAUAUUUUACUAAAUUUUUGUCUAUUGUGGCUAUUAUUAUUAUUUAUAUUGAGCUGCGACUGAAAAAGUAAUACUUAACUACAGUACUAUUCAACAAUAAUCAUUAUGUAUUUUUUUCAUAACUGUUUAAUAAUUAGCAUCCAGGUUUUAAUUUAUGUAAUCAUAUGUGAAAUUACUCAAUUUCGUAAAUUGCCUUUUCAUACUGUUUCACAGAUCAUCGUUGCAGUGAAACUAUUCUUUUGUUUUCGUUGAUAUUAUUUUUAUUUCUCUAUUAAUUACAUCACAGUAUUGAUUUAGAAUUUUAUUUUAUAAUUUUGAAAAUGGCUAAAUUAGUUUCGUUAUAAAUGGUACAUGGGGUUAAGUCUAUCGUUUUCUCACAUAUGCGUUAAAUUAUAUAUUUAUAUAUAUAUAUAUAUACCAAAUUGA